AAGAGUACUGUUGUUUUUGUUACUUGUCAAUUGUAGUUUAUGGACAAAUAUGAAGUUAGAUAUGAACGUUGAUAGAUGUAGAAAGUAUGUUUGUUUGCCUUGGUGAUCUCUUUUGCUAAAGUUCAGUGCCACACCCAACUUGCAAUUGGUUGAUUGGACCUGUUGGUUGUACAGCUAAAAUACACGCUUGGUGAAAGUACAAAACAUCUCCUUGAGCAUUGCACAUUGCGAGAUUUGGAAAUCUGUUGGCAGCUGAAGGCGACUGAAAGCAUCAUCAUCAUCAUCAGCCCUACCACCAUUAGCUAAUCACUACAUUCAUAUCUAUACACCAGAGAAGACACCAGUGCAUAAACAACACACACCAUAUAUUGCUAAACUAGAGUCACUGAAAACACUACACACCAUCCAUCCAUCCAUCCAUCCACACAUCCAUCCACGCACACACACACUGGGAAAAAGUACUAUCCUAGUACUUUGCAGUGUACUACUGCUGUAUUUUCAACAUUCAAGUGUUGGGAAGUGUUUUUGUGCUUUUGUCUUUGCUGUGAACAGGAUGCCACGGAAGGGGAAGCGUUCCGAAGCAGCGAAGCGCCGAUGGAGGAAGCUGGACCUUGCUGAUCCACAGACGGGCCAGACCAGCGCACCCCAGCAGCCUGGGUCCCCACCCUCGACGACCAGCGAUGGGACCACCCUGCAGUCUCCCACGAAGAAGAGAGCCAGGUUCCAGACCUCCCCUCUGGCCGACCAGCCCCGUGUGGUGGAUGCCUGCUCCGCCACUUCUUCUGUGGUUGCCCAGGAGUCUCUGGCCAGACACCAGCCUCCGAGACACGUCCGAGGCACUGGGCGGCGCCACACCGUGCGGAAAUGGCCAGUUUCUGCAGUGACUGGGAAGAACCACAAGCUGGUCAUUCCAGCCGUGGCUCAGGGCAAGCGGUUUGUCCUGAUCGUUGGAGACUCCCAUCUGCGAGCCAUUGCAGAUGGAUUUGUGAAGAUGCCGGAGGGACCCUUGUCUUUUGGAGUGAUGUCCACCCCGGGUGCCACGGCGGCUCAGUUGUGGGCUGAGGUGCAGAAUGCGGUUCUGUCUCGUUCUCCUGAGGCGGUCUGUGUUUUGGCACCCAGCAACAACUUGGGUCGUCCCGUUGGCGAGGCAGCCACUGACUUCGGGCAGCUCCUGACCGCCACCUGCAGCCGCUGGCCUAACGUCGUCGUCGUGGACUUUCCUCCACGUCUGAACGUCGUGGUGGCCCAGCAGGAUCGUCUGCGCCGGGAGUACCGUCGGGUGGCAGCUAGCAUGGGUAUUCCCUACCUAUCCUCAGCUGACCACUUCCCGCUGUCACGCCUUGAGAUGUGGUGUAGGGAUGGCGUACACCUCAGUGACAGCGAUGGGAUGCCUGUGCUUGCCAGGUUGUUGUGGGUUGCUGCCCGCCGUCAGCUGGAGAGUACCGCACCCACCCCACCCCCUCCACCUCCGCCACCAGCUCCUCCUAUGUCACCGCCGGGCGAGCCCCAUCGUCUUUGGUCAUCCCUGUUCCAGAAGCUGGAGACGACUGUACCACCAGCACCUUCUCUUCAGACGUCCCCACCGAUGCGAGUGUUCCUGCCAAAAGUGGUCGUGAAGGGUGAGGUCACCGUGCAGCAUCCUUCCAACCCUUUUGACUGGACACUCAUUGGCAGCGCAGAGGGGAGGAGUCGACGUGUCAAGUCCAAGGUGCCCCGUGACUCCAGCAAAGGGAUGUGCAAGCAGCAGGAGGACCUGUUGCAGUGCAACAUCCCUGUGAACCCUGUGUGGUUCAGCCCGCCCAUGCUGGUUGCAAUGGACAAGCUGGCUCCAUCGCAUCUUCCAAGCCCUGAGACCUCCACAGUUAUCCCCAAGGGCAAGAAGGCGGUGACUGCAGAGUGCCAACCGCGUCGUCCAGCCUCCAAGAGGAGAGUGGGAGAGCUGCAGAUGGAGGCAACACCGCCACCUUCCUCCACGCCACUGCAGCACAUUGUACAGGAUGAGGCCAGCUGGAUGGAGGAAACACCACAUCGUGUGGAGCUGCCUUCCACCCCAACGCCACCUUGCAGUCCCGGGCCAGUGGUCGUCACAGAGGAGACGUGUGCGCCAUCCUCCACACCACCACAGCACAUUGUCAUGGAUGGGACCAGCUGGACUGAGGCGAAGGCGACACUGCAUACUGUAGAGCUGCCGUCAACACCAUCACCGCCUUGUAGUCCAGAGACAGUGGUUCAGAGAGACAUUUGUGCAAAGUCCUCAAUGCCACUACUGCACAUUGUCCUGGAUGAAACCAGCCAGGAUUGUGGCACAGAAGCUGGUCGACGCAUUCGUACCGUCCGGGCCACUCACUCCCAGAUGGAUUUGAGGUAUGACGAUUGCACUCGCAAUAAUCAGUGCACGUGUAUGGCACUGACGUUCUUGGCCUACCAUGCUGAGGGGUUUCAUUUUGAUUCAGACGUUCUUGACAGAGUUCUUGAAAAUGGAGACUCACUCUAUGCGUGGACAAUAUGUGGGCUAGGACUACGUUUAAUCAGCAAUCAUUUAACCAAAGAGGAAAUGCCAAAGAUAGUUCACACCGACAACAAUGCAUACACAGUUACACAGUUGGAGCCGAAAUUUGGUUUGGUGAGGGAUCGCAGCAAUUCCCUAAUAGAUCCUUAUUUGUUGCCACUUGCCAGACAACUUGAGUGCCUCUCACAAGAUGUCACUCAUGCUUUUCUGAUUGUGGCUCCAGAGUGCUUUGCGGUUUUUCGUGAUAGGUCAGGAUGCUAUGGUUUUUUUGAUUCGCACAGUCGAUCUUCAGUAGGUUUGCCAGUCCCAAACGGAACUGCGAUUAUGAUGACAUUUUCACACUUAGAUGACUUAGUCGACCAUGUGCAUGAGCUCCUUUCGGAUCGCAGCCCCGAUGCGAACUACGAGUUGGUACCGGUUUCCUUUGGAUUAGAACAGAUAGCAAGUGACAGACAGGUACAGUUGGAUGUCGUAAUCACUUCAGAGCCCACCAAAGAAACAGACGCAGCAAUAAGAGAAUGUGUUGAGACAGAUCAGGAGGAGCUGAUAGUACCACCAUGCGUCCAUGUUCAAAUAGAUUUUUCCAAAGUGAGUAAAACGAGGCGACGGACCGCUAUGAAAAGGGCACUAAAGUGCCAACAAUGUAGACCGUUUGAAGCUUCAAACAAACCCGAUCCCCGUCAAAAAAAACGUCUACAAAUGAAGGUCAAGUAUGUAACAGACACUAAUUACCGCCAACAAAAAUUAAACGGCUUUACCACGCGAUACAGGUGUGAUAGUGCCUUUAAGAAUAAACAGAAGACGCACGUAGCUGAAAAAUACCACAGAAGUCCGACGACCAAAAAGACUUUAAUGUCAGCAUAUGUUAGGAGAAGGUAUCAAUCUGAUCUGGCUUUUGUUGAACGACAGAAGCUGAAUUUCAGGGAAGGGUAUCACCUGGAUUCAGAUAUUCAGGUGAGAAAAAAGUUAUAUCAGAGGGAGCGGUAUCAACGGGAUCCAGCUUUUCAGGCGAGACAAAAGUUAUAUGUGAGACAGAGGUAUCACAGGGAUCCAGCUUUUCAGGCGAGACAAAAGUUAUAUCUGAGGGAGCGGUAUCAACGGGAUCCAGCUUUUCAGGCGAGACAAAAGUUAUAUGUGAGAGAGAGGUAUCACAGGGAUCCAGCUUUUCAGGCGAGACAAAGGUUAUAUCUGAGGGAGCGGUAUCAUCGGGAUCCAGCUUUUCAGGCGAGAUAUAGGGUGUAUCUAAGAGAUAAAUAUCGCAACCAUCCAGGUUUUAAGCAAAGGUGGGCUGUUUUCAUGAAAACAUGGAUGCAGAAGUAUAGAAACAAUCCUUAUUUUCAAAAUAACAAAUAUGUGCGAGAUAGUAAUAGACAUUCUAAUGUAAGGCUACAUGUUCAGCAUUGUGAAAAGAACCGUCUUACCAGGCAGCGUAUUCGGCACAAAUUACAAUGCGCGCUUCAAAUAAAGACUAAAUACAUGACUAGAACUCAACAUUCAGCCAACAAUGUGCAGGAUCCAGCAAGCGCUGUAAUGAAAGCAGCAAUAUCGUCGUUCCGCGAAAGAGUCGCACAUGGGCCCACAUAUGUUUGUACUGUAUGCCACCGUGCUCUUUUCCUAAAUCAGGUACAGAAAUGCAAUCGAGGAAAAUAUAGCGACAACCAUGACAUAGUGGCCGCCAGCUUGACAGGUAUAUAUGUUCACGUCUGCAACAACAGUUGUUCUGCCCCAUGCACUGCCCCGCAAGAGAGAAAGCAGGAAUGGAUAUGUCACUCCUGUGACUCCCACCUCAGGAGAUGUGCAAUGCCACCUCUGGCAGUUGCAAAUAAGUUGGAUCUGGCACCCAUUCCCCAAGAGCUGUCCGAUUUAAAUGUACUCGAGAGACAGCUGAUAGCAAAAAUUAUACCUUUUGCAAAAAUUGUAGCAUUGCCCAAAGGACGGCAACGAGCUGUUCAUGGCUCAGUAGUGUGCGUACCGUCGGAAAUGGAAGCAGCAGUGAACUCACUACCUCGGCCACGUAGCGAAGCUCAACUGCUGCAGGUAAAGCUGAAGAGACGCCUUCGGUAUAAAGGACAUCAGCAUUUUUAUACAGUAAAUAUGGCGAAUGUUAUAGCCGGGCUCAGGACGCUGAUAGACACUCAUCCACAGUACAGGGAUGUGUGCAUCAAUGAGAGUGCAGCAGCUGAAAGUGUCCUUGAAGGGGAAGAGGAGCCAUCCGCCCUGCCGUCAUCAUCCUUGCAGCAAGAGGCCAGCAACGCCCAAGUUACGCAGGCACAGCAUGUUGAACGUGAUCAGGAGGAACUUCGGCCGGGCCUCAUGUUCGAUACAUGCAUGCAGCCGCUUGACAUUUCACAGGAAAGUCUUUCAUUUGGGGAUGGGAUAUUCAGCAUUGCUCCUGCCCAACAAAACAAGCCUGUUGGAUUUUUUGCUGUGCCGCAGCUGGAGGCCAUGGCCUUUCCUGUUCUGUUCCCAACGGGAAAGAACACAAUGGAUGAGGAGAGGAUCGUUAAAGUAUCACCGAGUUCUUACUUCAACACCAGAUUGUUUUCAGUUGAUCCACGCUUUGCUGAAGAUCAGGGCUACCUUUUCUUUGCCCAAUUUGUCAUUGAAACGUACAUGGCCAAUAACAGCAUGUCGAUUCAGUCGCGGAAAGGAAAACCUCACACUGCGGAUGGGAGGAAAAUUCUGAACCGGAUGAUCCAGGACAAGGAGGCGUUGGAGCGGCUCAUACAGAACAGGGAAGCGACCAGAUUUAUGCAGCCACUCCGAGGAACACCAGCAUACUGGGAGAAAGCUCACCGGGAGCUCCACGCAAUGGCCAGGCAGUUGGGGAAGCCAACAUUUUUUCUUACCUUUUCUGCGGCGGAAAUGAGAUGGCCUGAAGUCACUGCUGUGAUAAAAGCGCAGCAAGGCCAACAGGAGGGUCACUUUUCAGAUCUGGACUGGAACGCUAAAUGCGAGAUUCUCCGCAGCAAUCCAGUCACGGUCAUGCGCAUGUUUGAGAAAAGGGUAGAUGCUCUCUUAGAGCUUAUUCUGUCUCCUGCGCAGCCCAUCGGCCCAGUCGAGGACUACUUUUAUCGUGUUGAGUUUCAAGCACGAGGAAGUCCUCAUAUUCACAUGGUGGUGUGGAUAAAGGAUGCACCGGUGAUCGAGGAACCAGAUCCCAUCUACUGUGGCGAAGUGGUCGAAUUCAUCGACCGUUAUAUCACCUGCCACAUCCCCGAUCAAACCAAGGAUCCGGAACUCCAUGAAGUGGUUACGAGUGUUCAAACUCACAGCCGCAGUCACACCAAAUCUUGCCGAAAAGGAAAUGUCUCCUGUCGUUUUGGAUUCCCUAAACUGCCCAUGGAUGUCACCACAAUUACCUUUCCCUUUGAGGACCCGACCAGUGAUGACGAAGAGGAAAACAAUGACCCCAAGAAGAAGAGACGGAAGGAGGAAGACGCCCGUGCCAAAAGGACCAAGUUGGCGAAGAAACAGAGGGAGUCCAAGGAAAAGCUGAAACAGCUAAGAGAGCGUCUUAUGGACACACAGGUUCCGGAGGACUUGACGGACCUGCUCAAUUCGUGCCAGCUGACCCUGGGUCGGUAUAAGCACUAUGUUGAGAACCUCAGUACUGGGAUGGCUGUCCACUUGAAGCGUACACCGCAAGAAAGUUGGACUAAUGCCUACAACCCCCAUCUGCUGCGUGCGUGGAACGCCAACAUGGACAUCCAGUAUAUUUUGGAUGAUAUCAGCUGCAUCAUGUACAUGAUGUCGUACAUUUCCAAGCCGGAGCACGAGAUGACAGAGUUCCUCAAAUCUGUCAUCAAGGACGUGCAAAAGUCUGACGCCAACCAGAAGGAGGAGAUGCCAAAGAUCAUGCAGGCGUAUUCAAAGCACAGAGAGGUAAGUGCUCAGGAAGCAGUGGCACGAACAUGCAGUUUGCCCCUGAAGAAGUCCUCACGCAAUGUGGUGUUCCUCCAAACCGACGAGGACGGUUUCCGAAUGAGUCUGCCCAUGAGUCGGCUUAUGACCAUGCACCCAGAUUCAGCUGAAGUGUGGAUGUCAAGUUUGCCGGAAAAGUACGCCAACAGACCACGUACGCAGGCGUUUGAGUCUAUGUGUCUGGCAGAGUUUGCGUCUGAUUACAGGGUGGUCUACGGUCACCAGAGAGAAGGGCCAAAUGUCAUUCCCCUUUUGAACGACAUGGGUUGCAUUCAGAAGAGGACCAGGGGAAAACCUGCCGUCAUAAGAUACACGCGGUUUUCCAUGACAAAGGUUCCUGAAAAAUAUUUCAGGGCCCUUCUCAAACUCUACUUGCCCCACAGGACGGACCGUGAGUUGACCAGCGACUCCCACCCAACCUAUGAGUCAUUCUACCUGGACGGAUGGUCAAGGCUAGGUCCUGCAAAGGCCAUCGUUGAUGAGAAAAUGAAGCGGUUUGAGGGCCAAGCGAAGAAACUGGACAAGGCUUUGGAGCGACUCCAACAGGAAGGUCCAGCUGUUAAUGCGUGGAACUCUUUUGCGCCAGAGGUGGAAGCAGAGCGCCUGGAAUGUCUUGCUGCGCUGAAGGCCAUGAUGCCAAACGCAGCGGACGAGCGGGAUGAGCAGGAUGAUGUUCCUGCCUAUCAGGCUGACCUUUCCGGCGCCCCAGCACUGCCGGCCUUUGAAGCACCCCAGUUGAGUCCGGACUUUGUGAGGAGGAUGUACCGCAGUCUUAACAUCAUGCAGGCUUCCGUCUUCUAUGCCGUACGCGACUGGUGUUUGCAGCGCGUUUCUGAUCGCGACCUUGAGCCCUUUCAUUAUUUCAUCUCAGGGGGAGCUGGAUGUGGCAAGUCACAUGUCAUCAAGUGCAUUUACCAGGAGGCCACCAAGAUUUUUCGGCAGCUUCCUGGCAUUCGUACCGAUGCGGAUUUGUCUCAACCCACGGUUCUGUUGACGUCAUUUACCGGCACAGCUGCGUUCAACAUUUCUGGGAAAACCUUGCACUCGGUCUUGAAGCUCCCAAGAAGUUUGAGGCCUCCAUAUCAAGGACUCGGCAACGCGCUGGACACCUUGCGGGCGAGUCUUUCCAACGUGCAGAUUUUAAUCAUUGAUGAAAUAUCAAUGGUCUCCAAGGAUCUUUUUGCGUAUGUCCACUGGCGGUUCCAGCAAGUCAAGGGCAACCGGAAGACCUUUGGAGGGAUCUCUGUGCUUGUAGUUGGGGACUUUUACCAGCUGCCACCUCUUGGAAGGGCCAAACCCCUCUGUGUGUAUGAGGAUAAUGUCCUUGACCUCUGGACCAACUUUCAGUUGGUCCGACUUACGGAGAUCAUGCGACAGAAGGAGGACCUGACCUUUGCCCAGCUUUUGAACAGGGUAAGGGAAAAGAGGAAGGAGGAGCCCUUGUAUGAAAGUGACCGGGCUUUACUGCAGCAGGCUACUGUCGAAACAUCACAGUGUCACACCAGUACGCUCCACAUUUUUGCAACCAAUAAGGAGGUUGACGAACACAACCGUGCAACUGUGGCAGCUUUGAAACUGAAUGUGGUCGACAUUCCGGCAGAAAACUACAGAAAAGACCCCCGGACCGGACAAUUGGUCAUCGUGUCCAACAUGAUAACCGGGAGGAAAAGAGAUCUGCCCGACAACCUGCAAGCCGCUGUAGGAGCACGAGUCAUGAUCAUCCGGAACUUGGACAUUGAGGAUGGUCUCGUGAACGGCACCUUCGGGACCAUCAUGAACAUUGUCCGUGGACCACAGGGCGCUGUUACUUUUCUUGGCAUUUCUUUGGACAAUCCUGGAGCAGGCCUGAAAUUUCGGAAGAAACUUCAGGGACCCGGGGAUGAUUUGGCCUACAUAGAAAAGUCAGAGGAAAGUUUAAGCAUCAAAGGACUGGUGAGGCGGCAAUUCCCGGCAAAACUGGCCUUUGGAUGCACGGCGCACAAAGUGCAAGGCAUGACGCUAUCUUCUGCGGUCGUAUCUCUGAAGCGCGUGUUUGAACCUGGAAUGGCCUACGUCGCUCUAAGUCGCACGACCUCGCUCCAGGGACUGAAGAUCAUGGACUUGGAUGAGAAGAAAAUAUAUGCUGAUCCCAACAUUGCUUUGGCAAUGGACAGCAUGUUGCUUCUUUCUUGUCUGUCAGACCGCUGUUGCACUUUGCACAAGGGCCUUCUCCGACUUUGAAGAUUGUCCACCAUAACACAGAGGGCCUCGCGUGUCACAUAGAGGACAUCAAAUCUCAUCAUGAGCUGAGACUGGCUGAUGUGCUUUGUUUGACGGAAACGCAUUUGUCUGGUUCCAUCUCGCGGCACUUGCAGCUGGAGGGCUACGCUGUUUUUGUACGGAACAGACGUGUUUCCUGUUUAAACAGGCCAGACACGGCUGCGAAAGAGGGAGGCGGAGUUGCAGCCGUCGGAGGGAACUCCAAGGCCAGCCCCUCCGGUUUGUUCAGAAUGUGCCAGACCUUGAAUUUUUGGUUGUUAAAGUCAUGGUGCCGAUCACGGCUGUGGUGGCUACUGUUUAUCGACCACCGAACUUGAGUCUGGGCACAUUUCUACCUAAUUUGGCAAGCCUCUUGGACACCUUGGCAGUGAUGGAAAGCCACCCCAUUGUUGUUUGUGGCGACUUCAAUGAGGACCUGCUUUCAAAAGGUAAGAAGUCUAUACUGGAGUUGUUUGAGUCCAGAGGCUAUACACAGCUCAUCGGCAAGGCAACAACUGGCAAAAGCAGACACUGAUUGAUCACAUUUACAUUUCUCAACCGCAGUCUUGCAUUCAGUCAGGUGUUCUGCAUUCUUACUACAGUUACCACAGUCCGGUGUACUGUAUCUUAACAUCAUUUUUUAGGUCCUGGUCUGGUCUUCACAUGCUGUCUUGUCCCCAAUGAACAUUUGCUUGCAAUGACCAUGUGGCCAUUUCCUCUCCUCCAUCCAUCCACGCCGUCUCACAUACGUAAGUACUCAAUAAAAUCCAUCUGGUCUACCACUCGUCGUCCUCUCAGAAACUCCGACAGGGUAGCGGAUAGCAGUGCAUUAGCUCGCCUGGUUAGGACGGCUAAUGCUAACGCUACCGCUAAGCAUGACAACGCCACUGUUCGCUUCAGUCUGCUCAACAUCCGCUCUCUCACGAGCAAGGGUCAUCUCCUCCAGGAUCUCCUCACUGACCGUAAGCUUGAUUUUCUGUGUUUAACGGAAACAUGGCAACAGCCAAAUGACAUUUCCACCCUCAACGAAUCCACACCGGCUGGCUUUGUUUACAUCUGUCAUCCCCGUGGCAACGGUCGCGGCGGAGGUCUCGCGUUAAUUCACCGCGAGAAGUGGAAAGUCCUGCCGGUGACGGCCUCUGCAUUCAGUUCAUUUGAAUGCACUGUUUUUAUGUUCCCUGGACCCUCCCCCACUGUCGUCGCCACCAUUUAGCGUCCCCCUAAGCCCCACACUGACUUUUUAACUGACUUUGCCACCCUCCUUACACAACUCUCCACUCUGUCACAUAACUUAAUACUGCUGGGAGAUUUCAACAUACACAAAGACAAUAAAACUCUUCCCCUCACCAGAGACUUUCUAUUAUGCCUUAACAGUUUUGGACUCCAUCAAUACAUUGACUUCCCGACACAUACCAAAGGACAUACAUUGGAUCUACUCUGCUGCUCUGGCCUCACCCCCUCCAACUGCACCGCCGACGAACUUCCAAUAACGGACCACUUCCUCCUCUCAUUCAGCAUUACACUCUGCCUCUCUUCAAUCAAACCUCCAUGUCUCAUCUCCUUCAGGAACCUAAAGGACAUUAAUGUUGACACUCUCUGCUCCGAAAUUUCCUGUAUCCCAAUCCCGGAUUUUCCUUCCAACCCUGAUGUUCUCACAGCUCUUUACAACACUGGUCUAAACAAUAUCCUCAACUCUAUUGCCCCACUGAAAACUCUGACUGUUUCUGCACCUUGGUACACCCCUGAACUCCGGACAAUGAAAAAAAAAAAAAAAAAAAAACGACACCUGGAACGGCUCGACAAAAAAACUGGACUCACAAUACACAAAAACAGUUACAAUACCCACAUUCUCCAGUACAAAGACGCCAUUGCACACCGUAUAUCCACUUAUUACUCUGGACUCAUCACAUCCAACAAAGGAAAUAACAAAUCACUUUUCUCAUUACUCAACACGAUCCUCCAGCCUCCCCACUCCUUACCCCCCCCACUUUUACUCAAUUGACACCUGUAACUCACUGAUGGCAUUCUUCAAUGACAAAAUUAACUCCAUUCACCAGCACCUCUGUUCACAACCGCCUCCUCUCCCCACACCCGGACCCUUUUUCUACAGUCAGCCUUUUCCCUCCUUUCAACUCCCCAAUGCGUCUGAAAUAUCUGACCUCAUCCACAAAUCCAAGCCCUCCACUUGCCAGCUGGACCCCAUCCCAACAAUCCUGGUCAAAUCCUGCCUCUCCUCUCUGCUUCCUCUCAUCUCUGCCAUUAUCCACUCUUCACUGUCUACCGGUACUGUCCCCCCAGCCUUCAAAACUGCUGCUGUCACUCCAAUCCUGAAAAAACCUGGUUCAGAUCCCAACAACUUCAAUAACCUCCGCCCUAUCUCCAACUUACCUUUCAUUUCCAAAAUUCUUGAAUAAAUAGUCUCCUCUCAACUUCACGCACAUCUCACUCUUAACAGUCUGUAUGAACCCUUCCAGUCCGGCUCCCGUCCCCGUCACAGCACCGAAACAGCACCCAUCAAAAUCACCAACGAUCUCCUCACUGCAGCUGACACUGGUUCACUUUCAAUUCUCAUCCUCCUCGACACCAUCUCACACCCCAUCCUCCUCAGUAGACUCUCCUCAAUUGGCAUCACCCACACCCCCCUCCAUGGUUCCAUUCCUAUCUCACAGACCGCACUCAGUUCAUACAGCUUAAGUCUUUCUCCUCCGACCCCUCCCCAGUCACCACAGGUGUGCCCCAGGGCUCUGUCCUGGGGCCCCUUCUUUUCAUAACCUACCUUCUCCCCCUCGGCCAUAUCUUCCGUAAAUUUAACAUUCACUUCCGCUGCUUCACGGAUGACACCCAGCUCUACCUUUCUUCCAAACCUAA